GAACAGUUGUAUUUCCAUCAUCUUGUCCACGAACAACAUUUAAAGUGAUAUUAAUGAGAACAUCCAUUUAAAUUUCAAAAAUUCGAUCGGCCAGAGGUUUACAUGAAUUGUGUAUACUAGUAUGCGGUGGGUUGAAAUGACAUCAUUUUAAACUGUAAAAGCUCUCUUACUUUGCAACAUGUAUAGACAGAUACGAUGAUUUGAAGGGAGGUGAUUUUGAUCAAAAUGGGAAGAACCUUUUAGCCAUGUUAAUGAAGAGGAAUGUGAAUAUAUUGCUUUGAGAAGAUAUAUCCUGUUGUGUUUACGAGAAGGGUUCUUCAAAAAUGGAACCAGACAAUUUAAGUCCAAAUGGACUUCAUAUUCCUUACAACACAGGCGGAUAUCCAAUGGGACCAAUAAGACCACCUCCUUAUGGUUGCAUUGCAGGAUAUAACAGUCCUUAUAACACAGUCGGAUAUCCAUCUUCCAUGAGACCUUGUAUAAACCCACCUGCUUUUGGGCGUCCUUAUUGCUGUACAUUUGACAAUGUUAAUCCAGGCCCACGUCCCUACAUGCCACCUGGCAUGAAUCCUGUUGGAAGUCCUAAUGGUGGCGGCAUGUUUUACACUCCAUGUGAUACAUCGCCUAAUCUGUGUUUUGAGACAUUUAAAAAGCCUACGUUGAGACCAACUGGGAAACAUGGUGACUAUGGAAGCUGUGUAUCGGAGGAUCGUGGAAAGAACACUUCAAUGGACCGGCAUCUCGACGAAAGCUCUUCCUCAUCAACUAAGAGUUCAUUCACGGACCUCUCGGAUGGCUGCAGGAUAAAUACUAGCAGACCACAUUCUGUAAGGCACGAAGAAAAGUUGAGGAAAAGUAUGAAUAUACAAACUAGGAUCGACCUGCUCUUGAUUGGAAAAACCGGGAAUGGCAAAAGUGCGACUGGAAAUUCCAUUGCAGGAAAACGAAAGUUUGCGAGCGAGUCCAGUACAUCUUCUGUGACGAAAGAGUUCGACGCCGAUAUCACAGAACACAAGGGUCGUCAGAUUAAGGUCGUGGAUGGUCUGGCAUUUUGUGACACAAGGCUGGAUAAUGAACGGUCAGUUGAGCAGUUGAAUGAUGAAGCAAAAUUGGCUCUGGCAGCCAAUCCUGAAGGCUAUCAUGCUUUUCUUUUCGUCCUGAAAUACGGCAAUAGGUUUACACGUGACGAACAGGAGUCGGUUGUGUUGUUAAAGAAAAUAUUUGGAGAUGAUUUUGUUAGUAAAUUUUGUAUUUUAAUCUUGACAUGCGGAGAUGUUUUUCAUCAAGAUCAGGAGGAAACAGAUUCAGUAGGAUUGGCCUUCUCGGAGUGGUGCCAAAAACAAGAUGGCGCCUUUAAGGAUUUGCUCGAGGAGUGUUGCAAUAGGGUGGUCUUGUUUGAUAAUAAAACCAAAAACAAGAAAAAGAAAAAAGAACAAGUUGACACAUUAGUCAAAAUGGUUGAUGAGUUGAGAUUUCGCGAUCGACGUUAUACGGAAGCUCGCUAUGAAAAGGCUCAGAAAAUCAAAGAUAAUGUGGCAGCCAAACCAAAGGUGCUCACGAUAAACGGCGAGACCACGGUCAAAGAAGAACGUCCAGUUGUUGACCAGCCGCAAGUCUCACAUGAGACAGUAGACUUAGUCACACUUGACAAGAUGUUGAGUCAAACCAAUACUGUCCAGGUCAUUCUUGCCAAGCUGGAAGAAUUCUCAGGAGGUUUUCGAGACCUGACUCAAACCUUGGAAACUCGACAAAAAAAGGUUUCUAAUGAAAACGAUUUCUCUCGCAUAUGUAUUGAAGAAACACAACAAAGUCGACAACAGGAAGAAGAAAUGAAACAGGUAUUCGAUAAAGAGCUGAAAAAUCAAAGGGAGGAUUUUGAAAAUCAGAUUGACGACUUAAAACGCCAUGAGCAGCAGAGGAGGGAAAUAGAACGCAAUCAUCAGAAGAGAUUUGAAGAUCUGGUGCAACAGAGGCGAGACAAGGAGCGCGGACCUCAAACGAUUCCCAGAGCAAUGGAACAGGCUGGACAAGCACAAGGAGGGGGAACUUUUGACCUCAAAAAUAUUCUUUCGGAAAGCCUGAAACUGGUACAGGAAGGACUGAAGCAGGUUGAGAAUGCAUAGACAAACUUAAGGCAGCAACUGUCUUAAGUUCAGGUGACUUGAGUCAACAACUGUCUUAAGUUCAGGUGAGAAUUCCAGUGUCGCCUCAACCUUUUGUCAGUUAUGAGCUCUGUAAAUAAAAGUUCCGUUACUUUAUAAACGUUUUGGCACCAUAAAGCUGGUGGUGUUUAGGCGGCGGAGUUUUUCUUCUCUUAUUUUAAUUAAAAUAAAGUUACAGCGCUGGCUGU